AUGGGUCUCUUCCGCCGAUCUAUGAGCAACUCUUCGAGAUCACGCACUUCGAUCAAUGAUUCUGCAUCGGACGCCCAGACGCCAAAGACAAGCUCAGAGUCUGACUACAAUAUGGAGAUCUCCACUUCCCUUGCUACUAUCAAGCAGGCACCAAAGGCACCCAUCCUAAGUCUCCCGAUCGAGUUAGUUCAGCAGAUUACUUUAUACCUUGACAACGCCUCAGCCGCCUCCUUUUGUCUCUCUAGCCGCUUCAUCUGCUACGCUGUAGGCAUUAAUCAUCUCUCAAAGUAUAUCGACACUUCCAAGUCCCGUUUUGAGAAACGCAGGACCAUCGAAGCGGUUGUAGAGCGCGCGUUUCCGGGCCACUGGUUCUGCGCUUGGUGCGAUAAAUUUCAUAUGUGGAGAGCAAGGGAUGGACCGAGAGUUACAGAAAAGGAGAAGAGAAGGGACUGUGCAGAGUUCAACAGCUAUCUACACGACGGCAACGACUACAUGCUAUACUACCACCACAUCCGCCUCGCCAUCAACCGCAAACUCUGGGGUCCGGAACAUGGAAUCCCACUUGAAGCGCUCUCGUACACGCACUCGUCCAUGGCCAAAGUCUUCAAAACUCCUGUUCCGACUAAACUUCAAUGCGAAGCACGCAUCGUGCAUGGCCACUUCCUCCUCCAUUCGUCCUGGGCCGUCACCCUUCCAGCAUGGUCUACGAGCAACAAGAAUCUCCUACGACACAUCUGGCCCGCACUGCCACACAUUCUCGCUGGACAUCGAGACUCGGAGAAUGGGCAUACGGGAUUGAUGGCUGCUAUCGACAACGUCGUGCGCCGCGGCUGGAAGUAUGCCUUCACGCAGAUGUGCUCGACGUGUGCGACAGACUGGACUGUGACGUGUCAUCAGUUCCCCCACGUAACUGGUGGGCAGGCGCGACUGGUGAUACAGACUUGGCGUGACUUGGGCGGAGGCAGGAAUCCGUUCGAAACGGGCUGGCGGGCCCAUGGUGUACCGACGCAAGGUCAUGGCUACGCGACGACGGAUGUACUCCGAUUAACGCAACUGCAAGCCGGAGACAUCAGGAGGUCGUUUGAGUCCGUAGAUGGAGAGGAUGGGAAGAGUGAUACAAGAGCGCGAAGUGCUUCACGGUCACGAAUCUACAGGUCAUUUAUGAGAACGAAGAGUGAAAAAGAAGCACAACGGCGGGAUGAAGACGCUCAGCUUGGGGAGUCGAGCAUUGUUCCUGAAUAG